CGAUCCCGGAGCAUGAUACCUCGGCCAUGGAUGGGUAUGCCAUCCGGUCUCAGGCCACGGUAACCGCAUCGCCCAAUUCGCCCGUCAUGUUCUUGGUUACAGGUACCAUCGCCGCGGGCGACGACCCCUGUGUGGCCCGUACCGCAGGAGCACACGUCGAAUAUGACCGGGACGGCGGGUUGCAGACUUGUGUCGAGAUUAUGACGGGUGCCAUAUUUCCUGACGAAUACGACGCUUGUGUCAAAGUGGAAGACACUGUCCCAGUGUUUGAACCGACAAGGCGGCGCGGCGCCCACAUUCUUGUCACAAGGCCUGUGCCACCAAACGCCAACAGGCGAUCCGCUGGAAGCGACAUCCUCAAAGGAGACGUCGUCGUUGAGAAAGGGGACACAAUCCAGCUGUCGCACAUGCUGCCGCUGGCCUCGCUGGGGCUGGGCGCGAUUCCGCUGGAGCGGAAACCGCGCGUGGGCAUCUGGUCUACCGGUAACGAGAUGGUGAACGGCAACGGGAGCACCCGCGACGCCAACGGGCCGUACCUUACUGCAGCUGUGCGAUAUAUGGGAUUGCCGGCUCAUUUCCUCGGCGUCCUGGACGAUGAACCGGCCAGCCUUCGCCGCCAUGUUGAGAUGGCGGCGGCUUCUGGGCAAUACGACGUUCUUUUGACAAGCGGCGGCGUGUCCAAGGGCCGAUUCGACCACGUCAGAGCUGCGGUGGAUGAGAUGGGGGGCGAAGCCGUCUUCCACGGCCUGUCCAUACGCCCCGGGCACCCUGUGCUGUUUGCCAUGCUACCUGGCAAAGGAGGAAAGACUGCGUUUUUCGGCCUUCCCGGAAAUCCCGGGGCGGCUGCGGCAUGCUUUAGGUUCCUGACGGUCCCUUAUCUGAGGGAGUUUCAGGGGCAAGCAAGGGAGCUGCCGGUGCUAGCUAAAUUGCUCCGGCGGCCCGGCACGUCCGGGGAGAAGCACAGCUGUAGCGCGAACCAGGACACAGACUGUUUCCGGCACGGCAUCUUAUCCACAUCCGCCGCCGGCCAGUUGAUGGUCGAGGCCAGUGCGGAGCAGAGCCCUUCCAAGUUGAGUCCCUUCAAAGCCGCCAACUGUUGGAUCCAUUUCCGGCCGGAGUCCUCAGCAACAAUCCCCGGACCCGGCGGGUCGGGCCUCGUGGAGUGUUACCCCGCCUCGCCGACUGGCGGUGUCCUCCUGUCGCCGAAUCUGUGCAACUAGCGCAGGACUCUCGCUCACAGCCUGGCUCCUAACCCCCAAUGUGUGCUCACCAAGUCCCCUCCUUUACCCCCCUUCCGCCGCUCCACACCCGCAGAACUGC